AUGGUCUACAUGGAAAACUCCUACAGCGAUAUUUACAUCUCCCCGAAUGGUAUCAUCGGAUUUGGUGAACGGCUCCCAGAUACGGUGACGCCUCUGCAGAGGCUAAACCAAAGCGCUAUCGCUGUCUUCUACGCUCCAGUCCGUGAAGGCGACGUUUACUUCAGGGCCACAUCGUCCGAUCAACGUCUUCUUCGUCGCCUUACCGAUUACAUUCACAAGACGUUUGCCGAUAGUUCUGACUUCACCACUCUUCAAGCAGUAAUCGUCACAUGGGAAGGUCUGCAGAAUCAAGAGCUGGAUGGAGAGGCAACCUUUCAGCUUGCUCUCGCAUCCGACGGUAUGAUUUCCUAUGCACUGAUACAGUUCCUCACGUUGCCGUGGUCCGCAUCUGGAGGACGCUAUGCACAAAGUGGAUUCUCCAUGUCGGAUGGGCGACAUCAGGGCAAUAUUAACUCUGGAACACCGGAUGUAAAGGAUCUAGUUGGGCUCUCGAACAAUCCCGAGGGUACGUCGUUCAUCUUCCGCAUCUCCGGCUCAGCCAUAGAGGAUCCACGAGAGAAUGCUGAAGAAUACGAGUACAACAACUAUGACCAGACUGACUACGACGGAGACGAGCGAAAACCACCAGCGGACUGCCCAGUUGAUCCGUAUAGUGACAGAUGUCCGGAAGGAUGCAAUAUUCUCACGGAUGAGCGAAUGUGUUCACGCUGUAUUUGUGCAGAGCCACAACCAGAAGACGAAGCUAGCGAAAAUCAGGUGCCAGAGAUCAGGGAACCACUUCCACCGUUGCCACGUGGUGGAGCUUCUGAUGCCCACCGAUCGCAUCAUCAACACCAAGAUUCAGCUCGAACCGAUGAUCGUCAGAGCUUUCCACGAGAAGGAGAUGAAAGAGAACAGGAAAAGGAUCGAGCAGUGGAACGGCAGCCAGAGCAGGAGCAGCAGCGACAGCCAGAGCCGGAAAGGGAGCAACCGGAACCACAA